AUGGCAUCAGAGACCACAAUUUCAUAUUCUUCGAUGAGCUUGGAACUUGUGCCAGGUUACCUACCUUAUAUUGCUGAUGUUGCAAUUGAUUCUUUCGGAGAACCUUUCAAAAUUGAACAAAAAGAUAAAAGAUCACACAUAGAAAUUAACCAAAUAAAACAUCAUAUGCGUGAUGUCAUGUACUUUAAGCAUUUCCCUCGCCCAGUGAAAUUGUUGGAUUAUUGCCUAAUUGCAAAAGAGAAAUGGGAUGGAGAAGAAUCCUGCUCAUACUAUUCAUAUGAGUCUGUUGAUCAGAACUGUUGCAAACUGGUAUAA